AUGAACCGUUCAAUAUCAAGAAGUCGAAUAAAUAUACUUGAUGCAAAUGUUGCAAAUGAAAUUAUUAAUGCAAUAAAGAUUCCUAAAAAUGCAAUAGUAUUUGAUAUAAAUCCUGGAUCAGGAAUGCUGACACAUGCUUUACUUCAAAACAAAAAUGUUAAAAAAGUAUUUUCUUUAGAGCCAUUAAAACAUAUUGUCAGUUAUUUACAAAUGAAUCUUACAAUCUUAAUUCUUGCUCUCACCUCUACACAUAAGCCACUGAAAGAAGAAUUACAACAUAGAUAUGAUGUCUUUGAAGUUGAUCCAAUGUUGGAAGCAGAUUUUCUAAAUAAAAAAGAAGAUUUUUCUGAUAUACCAAUAUCUUCUUGGGAAAUGGGACAUCCAUCACUUAUUUCUGUGAGCCAAAUUCCUUUUGGUAAAAUGGGAGAUCAAAUGAUAUCAUCAAUAAUUUCAAUGAUUUAUGACAAAUGGGGAUUACAAUCAUUUGGACGUAUACCAAUGUAUCUAAUAACUCAUUCACGUCAAGCUGAGAGGUUAUUAUCAGGAGAAGGAGAUAAUAAACGAAGUCAAUUAAAUUUAUUUGCAGAAGGUCUUGGAGAUAUGGAAUUGCUACAAAUAUUUAAAGAUGGAUUUUAUCCAAAAGGUGAAUAUGCUCUUUUGGAUUUGAAGCCAUUCAUAACUCCAAAAAUCACUGUUCCAUGGCAAACAUAUCAAUAUGUUGUAUCACAUUUAUUGGUUAAAAGGAAAGGGAAAGUGGAAGAAAUGAUAAGAACUUUAGGUGCAGGAACCGAAAAACUUCUUAAAGAUUUAUCAUUUGAUUCAAAGACAUUGAUCACAAAUUUAACAGUGGAACAAUUUAAUGAGAUUGCAGAAAAAUAUGAUAAUUGGCCAUUUAAACCUGAAGUUCUUCUUUAUCCAUUUGAUCCAUUUUAUAAAGAGUCUUUCGCUGUAAUAAUUGAUUAUUUGAAUAUAUUACUUUUCAAAAAAAUCCCACUCAUCAGUCUUGAUAAUUUAUGUACCUGCAAAAGUGUGGGAAGGCUGUAG